CAUUGUAUCAUUCUCUUAUUGAGCUCAUGCUCACGUGAACAGAGAAUGACUGUUCACUCCAGUUUCUAUACAGACUCAGUUUUCAUUUUUAGUUCAUCAUAGCGGUACAAAAACAACUUUAGCUUGUCAAACCACACCAAGUCUCGUUACUCGCCUUCAGAGUGCACAACCACAAACAAGAUUACUCACAUCGGGUGCUGUGAAUAGUUCCUGUCAGACAACGCCGCGUACUAGUUUUCGAUCCACAGCAGUCACUGGCAGCUCUCAAACAACACCGUCACGUAUAUCUUCUCAACAAAUUUGCCAACAACAGACGACGCCAUUCUCAUUAAUCACUCGACAAAAUCUAAAUAAAAAAGACACAUCACUUCAUGCUGUGCAGCCUUCAGCAACAGUCCACUUCCAGCUGAUACAUUCGGUAGAAUUACGUCUUCAAGAGCAGGCAGAGUUAAACAGUGGACGACAUAAAAAAACACGAAAUGAAGUAGAAAAAGUGAAAACAGCCACGUCGCAGAAGACAAAUGAUGAUGCAGAGGCAACAUCACGAUCCGGUCGUCGAAAAAUACAUAAGAAACAUAAUACGUUUGUGUCUAGUGACGAUAACAAUAGUAUGGGAGAAGACGUUCCGGCAUCACCAACUUCUUCAAUCACAUCAAAAUCUCGUUUAUAUAUUACCCGAUCGCAACAAGUUGAAACUGUUGUCGGCAGUAAGCAACAAGAAGAAGCCACAUCCAAUGAGCGAAAAACUAAAAGUCGAACUACAAGACAAACGUCGAAAUCCAAAUCAAAAGUAAUUGAGAAAGACCAUAGUCAAAUUGAUUCAUCAAGAACAACGAGAAAGAAUUAUCAAACAUAUAAAAAAGAAAAAAGCACUGAUGACAAUGCAUCAACACCCGACAAACAAUUCUCGUCUUCUAUAACAAAAAAGGCAAAAGCAUCAAAGAAAGAACAUACUGUUAAAGAACCAAUACGAGAUGAGGUAUCGGUAGUCGACGAGGCAAAGGACACGAGUCACACCCGAUCACGACGACGAAAAGCAGCUCCCUAUGCAUCGAUCGAAACGAAAAA